AUGUCGGUUACGUUAGGCGAGCAGCGUUCCUUUUGCGAGAGAACUAUGUCUCAACAGCACACGUUCUUCCCUCCCAAGGAACAUGAUAUCUUUAGCAAGCUGACCGAUCAAAUCAUCUCCUCCGAUGCUGCUCUCAUGCUCUCCGAUGAGCUUUCCUGUGCUGUACUUGACAAGUUACAUCCGCACCUUGAUCUCUUCGCGAAAAAGUCCAGCUCGCAUAUCGAUCCUCUCCACGUCCACCUUUAUAAAGGACGAGCCGUGACCAUUGUCGAACAGGCCCGGCUCCAUCUCGUUUGGCGCUCGGACACAAUCUACCUUAAACCGCUCCCGACAUGCCUGCUAAGCUCGGAUUUUUGGCGUGACCACCUUACGCCGGAAAAUCCCACCCGGCCUCAGGCGCUGGGCUUCAUGCGGACAUACGCCCACCUGAUCCGCCACCGAUCUGACUUUCUCAUCGCGCAGAAGGAAAAUCUGAUCCCGCCGUCCGAAAAUCUUACGUACGGAGAGUUUAAGGCUUUCAUCCGAUAUUUUCGUAGCGUCUCAGAUGACCAGGUGUCGCUGCGGUGGAAGUUUGGUCAGAUCCAUUAUCCUAGCGGCGCGGCCCGACAACCCAUGGCCGACGUUUAG